AUGGUAAAGAAAAUGAAACUCCCAUUUCUAAACAAGAACACUUCAUCUUCAUCGUUUUCUUCAAAUUCAUCACAUUCUUCUUCCUCAUGGCCUUGGCCUUCUUGUAAUCAACAAAACCCUAAAAAAAUAUCUUCCGGAGUUUUCUUCACCGUUAACAAACCUAAAAAUGUCUACGAACCCGAGCCACAUUCCCGCAGCUUCUCCUACUCCUCCACCACCGAUGACGUCAUGGAAGAUCUACUGGAGAUAGAGUGUAUAGAGAAUGUGAUUAGAGGACUAAAAUCAUCAAAAAGACUCACAUUUGAACGUAUAGGAGAAUCAAACUCUGUACUCGAAGAACCUACUAAGAAAGAAGAAGAAGAAGCUCAUGAUGAAGAAGAAGACUUCAUGCUCUUGUCUUUAGAAUCAAACGAUCCUUACUCCGAUUUCAAGAGAUCCAUGGAAAAUAUGGUUGAAUCACGCGCGCUUCAUCAUGACUGGAGAAACCUCGAGAAACUUCUUUUCUUGUUCUUGAAAGUCAACGUUAAGACAAGCCACAAAUACAUCUUCGCCGCCUUCGUCGAUUUGCUCUUUCACUUAGCAGUAGGAUUUUCUAAAGACGUCGCCGGAGAACCUCGUCCCGACAUCGUUCAGGAAUCUCCGUCGUCGCCAAUAUCGUUUUACUCUUCCUACUCGUCCUCCGAUGACACCUCGUCGACGUCUCUACAGGGCUUGCCGGGGCUUUCGAUAGGCGGGAAGAGCAGGGACGGUGUUUGAGAUGGAAGAGAAGAUUUAAGACAAUCUUGAUUCGAGUGCUUAUUUUUC